AUGACCGAAUUCACCGAGGCUAAUCGGGCCUACUUUGAUAAAAUGGCCUCAACUUAUCAGUCCAAAUUUGCUGAUUCCAUGAAAAUCAUUGCCGAGCAAACGUCCAAGCAUCGUCUUUGGAUCAGUGAUCGGUGGACUGACACCGAAGCGGGCAAGGGCCAGGAAGUCAAGGUGCUUGAAUACGCCUGCGGACCUGGAGUUGUCUCAAUGUCACUGGCGCCUUUUGUCACCAAGGUGAUCGGCGUCGAUAUUGCUGAUCAGAUGCUGGCCGAGUUCCGGCAGAACGCAAAGACUAUCGGACUCAGCGACAAGAUGGUCGGCUACAAAGCCGAUCUACUGGCUGAUUCUGAGCCAGAAGAAUUUUCGGGGCCCGAAUAUCACGACUUUGAUGUGAUAGCUGUCAGUAUGGCCCUGCACCAUUUCGAGCAACCCGAUGUUGCACUUCGGCGGUUGGCCUCUCGUUUAAAGAAGGGUGGCUCCUUUAUGAUCAUUGAUUUGGUCCCGAGUGCAGGCUCAGAUCAUGGCCACGGUCACGGUCACGGUCACGGUCACAGUCACAGUCACGGCCAUAGCCAUGGCCAUGGCCAUGGUCACAACCAUGGUCAGCAUCAUGACAAUUCAGCACAGGAAUUUCCACGAGACGGAGCCCAUACCGUGAAAACACACGGUUUCUCUGCCGAGGAGAUGAAGAAACUAUUUGCAGACGCAGGGCUGGAUAGUCGGUUUGACUAUGAGGUGAUUCCGGACCAGUUGAAGUGGGAGAAGCCGGAGAAGACUUACUAUAAAACCAUCUUUAUUGCGCGGGCCCAACUUACUUGA